AUGUGGGGGCAGGGUGCACGGUGGAAGCGGGGCCCCAAGCCCCACGGCCCGCCUGCAGCUGAGGGCCCGGCCCUGCCCGACGCCGGCCAGAUGGAGACAUGGAGGACCAGGCUGGCCCAGGAGAGGACGCGGUCCUUGUACCCGCCGGCGGUGGACAACCCUUUCCUGCAGCAGACCCGCCUGAGCCGGUGGCGCUGGGCCCACACCAUCCUGCUGGGCCUGGUGCUGGUGCCGGUGCGCGUGUCCUGCAUCGCUUUCCUCUUCCUCUUCCUCUGGCCCAUGGUGACGCUUUCCACCAUCAACCUUCCCGUCCAGCCGGCCAGGCCCACCAGGAGCUGGAGGAGACACCUGACCAAACCCGCCCUCAACUUCCUGUUUCGGGUGGGCUUCUUUUUCGCUGGGUUCCUAGUGAAGGUGAAGGGGAAGAAGGCCACGCGCGAGGAGGCCCCCAUCUUUGUCACCGCCCCGCACUCCACGUUCUUCGAUGCCAUCGCCUGCGUGGUGCUGGGGCUGCCGUCUGUGGUGUCCGCCAGCCAGAACGUGCAUAUUCCCCUGGCGGGGAAGUUCCUCCUGUCUACGCAGCCGGUGCUGGUCACCCGUGAGGACCCCAACUCCAGGAAGAACACGCGCAACGAGAUCCUCAAGCGGGUGACCUCCAGGGAGAAGUGGCCCCAGAUCCUGAUCUUCCCCGAGGGUGUGUGCACCAACCGCUCGUGCCUGGUCACCUUCAAGCUCGGGGCCUUCUCCCCGGGGGUGCCGGUGCAGCCGGUGCUGCUGCGCUACCCCAACGCGCUGGACACGGUGACCUGGACCUGGCAGGGCUUCACGGGACUGCAGGCCUGCGUGCUCACCCUGAGCCAGCCCUUCACCCGGGUGGAGGUGGAGCUGCUGCCCGUCUAUGUGCCCAGCGAGGAGGAGCGCAGCGACCCCCGGGUCUUCGCCAACGCCGUGCGCGUCCACAUGGCCAACGCGCUGGGGGUGCCGGUGACCGACCACACCUUCGAGGACUGCCGGCUGAUGAUCUCGGCGGGCGCCCUGCGGCUCCCCAUGGAGGCAGGCCUGGUGGAGUUCACCAAGAUCAGCCAGAAGCUGAAGCUGGACUGGGACGACCUCCACAAGCACUUGGACAAGUACGCGGCCAUCGCCGCGGCCUCCAAGGGAGGCAAGAUCAGCCUGGAGGAGUUCUCUGCCUACCUGAAGCUCCCGGUGACCGAGCCCCUCCGGCAGCUCUUCGCCUUCUUCGACCGCAACCACGAUGGCACCAUCGACUUCCGAGAGUACGUGAUCGGGCUGACCGUGCUGUGCAACCCCGACGACACCGAGAGGAUUCUGGAGAUCUCCUUCAAGCUUUUCGAUCUCGACGCCGACGGCUUCAUCACGGAACAGGAGUUCACGGCCAUCCUGCGGGCGGCCUUCGGAGUGCCCGAUCUCGAUGUUUCUAGACUCUUCGGGGAGAUGGCCGGGGAGAGCUCAGCGCACAUUUCGUUCAAGAGCUUCAGGAAAUUUGCCCUGAAGCACCCGGCGUAUGCCAAGCUAUUUCAUUCGUACUUGGACCUCCAGGCCGCCUAUAUCUAUUCACUACCCCAAGAAGGCCAGCCUUCAUCCCUGCAUCCCAAUGUCCAAGCCAGCUCGGGGAUGGCGCCAGUACCUUCCAGGGAGACACUAUUAAUGAAAUAA